AUGGGUCGGAGGAGCAGUGAACUAAACUCCUUUCUCUCUCACCGUUUGAUUCUCCCCUUGGUGUGUUUCGCCUCGUGCGGUUUGGUCUACGCGCUUCUCUCUGCGGUGCUCGCAAACGGCAGAAACAGAGUUUCAGAGUUUGGGAGGUUGGUUGAAGAGGCGGUGCAGAAUGAGGGAGCGUGCUGUAGGGGGAUUGAGAAUUUGGAGCUUUGGGGUGCAGCUGUUAAGUGGGGUUCUGAGUUUAAGUUCAACAAUUCUGAAGGAUGCUGCAACGCAUGCAAAUCUAUGUGUUCAGGGAAAGAUGGGCCUUGUCUCUGUGAUACUUGGGUCUUUUGUGGGAAUCGUAGGGCCUGUGGAUCCAAGUUCGGUGAGUGUUGGUUGAAGAAACAGAAGGACAGCUUGUCACCUGAACGGCAAGAAGGAGUUCCUCUUGGGGAAGUGGUUGGUUGGACCUCUGGUCUUAUCUUUGGGAAAGGAGAAGGUAUUAUUGGACUGGAAACUGAACAUGGAACUCUACAUAUUAAACUUUUACCUGACUGCGCUCCACACUCUGUGGCCUACAUUCUAGAACUGUUGUCUUUGCACCAUUGUGCUGGCUGCCAAUUUUACCGAGCAGAGAGCCGAGGUCAAUCAUGGGAUUCACAAGGAAACCAUAUAGAAAAUGCUGGUUUUGGUCCCCCUUAUGCAUUAAUUCAAGGGACACUAGAAGCACAAGGCACGCCUUUCAAUAAACUUCCUGUUGAAGAUUGUCCAACCCUUAGAAGGGGCUCUGUUGCUUGGAUUGCUUCUGGUCCUGAAUUCUUUAUUAGCCUUGCUGACCAUUCAGAGUGGAAAAAUGAAUACACUGUAUUUGGUUCUGUUCUUCCAGAAGACAUGCAUAUUGCUGAGAAAAUCUCUACACUCCCCACAAUAGCUGAUGUGUGGAACAAUGUCAACGUGACGGUUUUGGAAAAACCUGUUCCCCUGUUGCUCCGUAGAAUCAAGAAAAGCCUCAUAGAUUAA